AUGGAAAUCCCCAAAUUUCGCAAUCUGUCCAUCGAGAGGCGCGGCAAUGUAUUCGUUCUUACCAUGCAGAAGCCACCGGAGAACCGGCUGAAUUCAUGGUACUGUCAGGAGAUGAUCAGGGCAUAUCGAACUAUAGAGAAAAUUCUGGGCUCCGACUCUGAGGGAGCAGUCAUCACAAGGGGCAGUGAUGCAAAGUUCUGGUGCACAGGACUCGAGCUAGAUGAGGCAGACUCCAAUCCAUUUGCCAACACAGAUGGAUUUUAUCCUCUCAUCCAUACAAUUCUCGACUUCCCAUUCCCAACAAUCGCCCUACUAACCGGCCACACUUUUGGCGGUGCAUGCCCACUCGCCUUGGCCCAUGACUACCGAGUAAUGAACUCGCGCCGUGGCUUCAUCUCCAUGCCACCAGUGAAUCUGGGGUUGCACUUCGAUGGAAUCGGAGCUUUGCCUCGCCUCAAGCUGCGGCCACAGGUUGCGCGCAAAAUGCUUCUGGAAGCACACAAGUGGACAGCACAGGAAGCAUUGGAGGAUGGGAUUGUGGAUGCUGUAGCGGAACCGGAGGAUAUGCUGAAUGUUGCUUUAGAAAUGGGACAGAAGUGGGCUCCCAAGGCGAAGAUGGGGGUUUACGCUUUGCUUCGACAAGAGCUUUGGGGGGAUGCUAUCAAGAAGUUUCAGCGAAUCAGUUAUGUCCACAGCCGCAUGACUUCGGCGCCGGCUAAGGCCAAGAUUUGA